CGUGUACUUUCAAUCCACGAUGGAGAUUGAAUGUCUAAACUUCAGCGAAUAAGAAAUCACCGCGUCCAAAUGUAAGAUGGCGUCCCUCCGCUGUGGUAAUGUACUGCUGGUUUGUUUACUUCUCUCCGCACUUCUUGUUGUUUUUGCUGGGAGGGACUUCUACAAAAUACUUGGUGUCAAACGAGAUGCAUCACUUCGUGAAAUUAAAAAAGCAUAUAGAAAGCUUGCCAUGAAAUGGCAUCCUGACAAGAAUACUGAUGAUCCUCAAGCACAAGAAAAGUUUCAAGAUUUAGGUGCAGCAUACGAAGUAUUGUCUGAUACGGACAAAAGAAAAACAUAUGAUCAACACGGAGAAGAUGGUGUUAAAAAGAUGGGUGGUUUCAAUGGUGGUGGUUUUGAUCCAUUUGAAUCUUUCUUUGGUGGUUUUGGGUUUGGUUUUGGUGGUGGUAACCAACGCCAGGGACAAAAUGAAGUCCCGAAAGGUGGAAAUAUUGUUAUGGACUUAGAAGUUACAUUAGAAGAGCUAUAUACUGGUGACUUUGUUGAGGUUCUGAGAGCUAAGCCAGUUGCCGAAACGACAAGCGGAACAAGGAAAUGUAACUGUCGAAUGGAGAUGAGAACUACACAACUAGGUCCCGGCCGUUUCCAAAUGAUGCAAGAGGAAGUGUGUGAUGACUGUCCAAAUAAAAAGUUUGUCAUAAAAGAUCAAGUUUUGGAAAUAGAAAUUGAACAAGGAAUGAGUGAUGGACAAGAAUACCCAUUUGUAGCCGAAGGUGAGCCUCAUAUUGAUGGUGAACCCGGGGACCUUAUAUUUAAAAUUAAAGAAUUAAAACAUAAAAUAUUUGAACGUCGUGGCGAUGAUUUAUACACGAACGUGACAAUCAGUUUAGUAGACGCGCUGACUGGUUUCGAUAUUGAAAUUCCACAUUUGGAUGGUCAUAAAGUGAACGUACAUCGUGAUAAGGUAACAUGGCCUGGUGCAAAGAUUAAGAAGAAGAAUGAAGGCAUGCCGAAUUAUAAUGAUAACACUAAAAAAGGAAAUUUGGUAAUUACUUUUGAUGUGAAUUUCCCGAAAGGUGAAUUGACACAGGAGCAAAAAGAUAGCAUAAAAACUCUAUUGAAUCAAGCAUCCAAACAAACUGUUUACAACGGAUUACAAGUGUGAUGCAAACACAGCUUUUUAUAGGAGAAAUAUGAAAUUGAAUUUUUUUAACGUGAUUGUUAGAAACGUUUAUAUCACCAUUCUAAUUGCCAUUCAGAAUAGCCAUUCUACUCCCAAAGUCUCCUUAAUAAUUCCAAAAGAUCUAAUUAGCUACCUUCUUAAAAGAUUUAAAAGUUUUCCAGCUUAUAUUUAUAUAAGAAUUAUAUAAAUAUCGCAUUCCUCCUAAAAUAUUAAGACAGAGUUUCUCUUUCUCUAGGUUUUAAAUUUUAAAUUUGACUAUCUUAGGGGAAAUUUUAGCUGGGCGGUAAUUUUACACAAAGGCGAAUUGUGUCAAAAAACGGCAAAUUUAGAUUUAGUUACGCUAAUUUUAAAAUAUUUGACCCUUUAGUAAAUUAAAUCUACACCAAAUUAAAUACAUAUUUUUGUCACUCCUUUUAAAACUUUGAGUAAUGAUAUGCGUGCGACAAAGUAAUCGAUAUUGAAUAUAAACAUAUAUUGCAGCUUUUGUAGGUUUUUCCUCACGAAGGAUGACUCGAUUUUAAAGAAAUUUUUUCCCAUUAUUUCCGUUACUCGUUAAAACUAAGAACAUGAUGAAUGCAUUCCAAAGGUCCCGAUCGCCAAGUUUUCUUCUCUUAGCCGCCCUGCGGUAGUAUUGUACCAACAGGCUUUUUUACCGGAGCACAGUGGGUACUGGAUGGCAGGUAGUAUAUAUUGUUUUAGAAGUUUCGUGUUAGACGUUCUCAUUAACAUUAUUUAAAUUUCAUUUUUAAGAGAAAAAGAUAUAGUUUGUGGUGUCGAGUGUUGUGUCGAGUAGAGUGAAGUGUUCUGCUAACUUUUUUAGCACGUCGUGGUCACAUCUUACUUCUAUGUGAUACUGUAUUUGGUAUUGUCCAGUUUUAUGUUACAGUGUUAUUCAAAUUUUAAAAACUUAAGCGAGUAGUAUUUAUCAUAGUUCUAAAACAACUUUGUUUCUUUUUUUUUUUCUUACUUUUCAGUAAUUACUUCAUAUUUGUUUUAAAGCACACUGCAUGUACGUUCGAAAGUUUUUAAAACGCAUAAAUUAUUUGUUUUUUUGUAGUUUUCCAGGUUUUUGAGAUAGUGAAGAAAUGGUUCCUCUAA